GGCAGAGGGUUCCUUGUACUCAGUGCCACCAUGGUGGACGACUUCCUGAUGCAGGGCUUGAUUGCCCUUUCUGUCUUGAUGGGUCCCUUGUUCAGAGUUUUGUUUCCCCUGGGCUUCGGGAGGACAUGCACCUCCCGUAUGAUGAUGAGAUCAGGAGGAAUAAAGCCAGGGCUAACACCUGCAGAGCAGGCUGAAGUGGAUCGUCGUCAGGCAGAAAAGAAAAAAGAAAGAGAAGAAAGGAAAAAGCAAAAGGAAGAAGAGAUAAAGAAGAAAAUGCAGAUGGAAGAAGAACGAAUGAAGAAGGAGAUGAAAGAAAGGUUAGAGAAAAAAUUGAAAGAGGAAAUGCAGACCAUUGAAGAAGAAGAGUCUGAGGAAGGGGGAGAAAGACUUAUCAGACGGCGGACAGAGAAGGCGGAAAGUAGUCGGGCAGGUGAAGUAUUUGCCAAACCGCUGGACCGGUAUGACCAGUAUGCGUACACCAGCGAUGGACUGGAAGAAACAGAAGAAGAAAGGGACAUCUUCGUUGCGAAAUUAGCUACCGUUACAGACCAGAAAGAAAGGGACCUCAUGCUUCAAGAAAAACGCGCGGAGCUGCACACUAAAAUGUUAGCAGCAAAGCGACAGGAGCUUGACGAAAGGAAAAGAUUACACGCAGAGGGGGCAAGGCUGCAACACGAACUGCAAGCACAGAAAGACAAGCAGGCGGCAACCGAAGAAAAACUUGCUCUCUUGACUGAAAGGGUCCUCCAUACCAAGCAAGAGGUAGCCGCAAUGAACCGGACCCUACAAAAAGUUGAAAGCCACCAAUACGAAUUUGAAGGGGUCUGGAACACCUUCCUUCAGAAGUCCGCCAAAGACGUGGAUCUGCACAUUCAAUCUUACAUUCAAAAGUUAGAUAACCACAUCACACAAACCUUCACUCCAGCCGUAAUUGAGAAGAUAAUUCAGGGCAGCGGCGCAGGAGGCGGCGGAGGUGGUGAUGGAGACGGAGAUGGAGGCGAGGGAGACAGAAAAGGAAAGAGAGUGCUGCGAGACGAUAAAGAUACCGAUGUCAGGAAAAUAAAAGUUAAAGUGUCGUGGACCUACACUAGCAAAAGGGAGGAGAGUGUACUACAUUGGAUCGCGGCCAUAGAAUCAUAUGUUUACGGUCAGCGCAUACCUUAUUGGGAUAAGAGUUCUGAUGGCCACUUCGUGUAUGGUCGAUGAUGCGAAGAGCUUCGCCAUUUCGUUGCAAAAAGAAGCUAACUGGGAUACUAUGAUUGCAUAUUCCCAGCAAACGAGAAUUGAAGAUUUCUUUAAAGCUGUCAGAGAACGGUUUGAAGAUAAAAAUCUAGCUCGCAG